UACAUAACAAUGUUCAAAUUAUCAUUGGAACUUGUUUGUGUCCUGGCUGCAUUCAUAUUAAUAAAUGACAAUCCUAAAUCUAUAUCGGCCAAAUCUAUUAUUGAUAAACGAGAGGUUACAGAAUAUCCAACAAAAUACGAUGAUAUUGAUGUUGAUAAAAUUGUAUCCAGUAAAAGGUUAAUGCAGAACUAUGCCAAUUGUCUCCUGGACAAAUCAUCUUGUACUCCUGAAGGGACAACCUUGAAAAUGUAUCUUCCGGAUGCAAUUGCAACAAGAUGCUCCAAAUGCUCAGAGAAGCAAAAGAAAAUUGUAGGAACAGUUCUAUCACAUUUAGGACAAUUCCACACCGAACUGUUUAAUGAAUUAUUGGAUAAAUACGACCCUGAUGGUGUUAUUAAGGCGCAAUACGAUGGAAGUGACUUGGAUGAUGAAGAUGAGGAAAAUUGAAGAUUUGAUAUUAUUAUAAAAACAUACGCAAUAUUUAUUAAACAUAUGUAUUAAUUGUAUAUA